AUGACAAGGACACUCUUCAUCGAUUAUUCAUCCGUCUCAAUUCCCGAAGCGAUAGCAGCACCAGGCCAUCGUCAUUACGCUGCCCGAGCUGGCCAUCUGGACGAGCAUUGUGUGAGAAUUGUGCAUUCUGCCGUGAUGGUGUUUGCACCACCAGCGCAGAACUCUAUCGGUUUUCUAUGCAUAUUUACUUUACACUUCUAGGUUCUUCCUAUAUGAAGGAAAGAAAGAAUUUACAUCAUUUUUCCACUUUUACCCAUUUGUUGUUGGAUUUUUGCAGAAUACUCCAUGGGCUUGGCAAUGGUUAACCGAAAACUGGCGAUACUCGGAGAGUUUUUGAUAAAUUGGGGAGGAACGAUUAUUGUGGUCAGUUUAUCGCAUAAAUUAUCCAAUUUCCACACUCUCUUCGUUUUAGACAUUUGUCCUGAUCAGUACGUACUACUGCUGUGUCCACAUUGUCGCAGAAAACGUAAAUUCCCAUCUUGAUUCAUGAUGCAAAUCAAAAAAUAAUCUUCCAGAUGUACGAUAACCCGAUAAAAAUUUAUUGGUUGACAUUGCUGGCCAAAUUCAUCAUUUUGGAAAUUGCCGUCAAUUUGGCCUGUUUUGUUUAUUAUUCCCGGUAAACCUAUUAUCUAUUUUGAUUUAUAACUCUUCAAUAUAAUUGGGUUUGCAGAUAUAACAGCGUGACGUACUGGCAUCGCAAAUCAUGUGUUGCUGAUCUGAGAGUCUACGCUGAAGACAACGAAGGUAGUGAUUCUGAGAAAAGGACGUUGAAAGUAGUGAAUUGCCGGAUUUCAGCUCAACCAGAAAUGGAAUACUCAUCUGGACAGCCGACGGUCGAAAGACACUUGAGUUGGGAGCCAGCCAAUGAAAGUGGAAGCAAAUUCUGUUUCACUUGCAACAAAGAAGCUCCACAAAGGUUUGAGCCGCUAGAAAACGCACAAAUGGAGCAUUUCUUUUGUAGGAGUCACCAUUGUCCGCUGUGCAAAAUGUGCGUCCUCAGGAAAGAUCAUCACUGCUUUAUUACUGGCGCCUGUGUGGGCUUGGGAAAUCAGGUGAGAAAUGUUUAAACUAUCAAGGUCCUAAAACGUGCAAAUUUCCAGCGGUAUUUCAUGGUCUUCCUCUUCUGGUGCACAAUCGGACUGAUAAUCGCUAUGCCCCACUUGUUCUUCUAUAUGAACACCGAGAUCGCCUACUGGUCAGUUCUCAUCGGUUUCUCUUUCGGAAUAACGUUUCAUUUUCAGGUACCCGUUCGGCUUCAUGUACUACAUUGGACCGGUCGCCGUGUUCCGUUGGAUCUUCGGCUACACACCAUUCAGUCAGGCGUGCUUUUCGACACUUUUCUCUUUUGCCGCUGCGUCUCUGAUCACGGCCGGCGGAUUUUUCGGCAUGCAGGUAAUUUAGCAUUUUUCACUUCCGCAAACAAAACAUUACUUCCUCCUUUCUGUUUCUGUUUCAAUUACAAUGAAUUUGCGCGUGGGCACAAAUAUCAGCAGCAAAAAAACAUUUGGAUCAGCGAUACAGAGGGGAUAAGCCAUAACAAAUCCAAUAAUGUUUCCCCCUUCCAAAUGCUAACAAAAUCCGUACUUCUGCGCAAACAUCAAGCGUGACUCAAAAACUAUCCAAAAGUUUGUCGUCGCGCUGUGAAAAAGGCAAAUAAAGAUCGAAUUGGAGUGUUCAGCACCAAUGAGACACUAAUACUAGUAGAAAGUUGCCUCAGGACUCGGGACUAUUGAUUGAUUUGGUUGACUGCUCAUUUCAGGUUUACUACACAACUCAAGGAUACACAAUGUAUGAAUACAACAACCUGACUGUGAGAGCCACUUUCCUAGGAGAUGGGUGAGCAGUUCCUCACUCCAAGUGCUCAAUAACUCGAGUUCUUUCAGAGAAAACUUGGGCGAGCGGUUCCGAUUGGUAUUCGGCAAGAACUGGGCGCUCAACUUCCUCGUCCCCCUUCCCUGGAACUUGCCCAUUCUGACUCCAGCCAUAUCCGACAGUCUGUUCCGAGUUCGGAGCAAAGUUCUCUAA